AUGCUAGAUACGUUCAGACCCGUCCCUUUCGCGUCGGAAAUGGCGAUUAGUAAAUCCGUGGCGUGGCUGAACGAGCAGCUGGAGAUGGGCAACGACCGGCUACUGCUGAUGGACUGUCGGCCGCAGGAGUUGUACGAGUCGUCCCACAUCGAGUCGGCCAUCAACGUGGCCAUCCCCGGCAUCAUGCUGCGGCGGCUGCAGAAGGGCAACCUGCCCCUGCGGUCCCUCGUCGCCAGCAGCGAGGAGGACCGGGAGCGCUUCGCCCGCCGGUGUGGCACCGACACCGUGGUGCUGUACGACGAGCACAGCCGCGACUGGAACGAGAACACGGGCGGCGAGUCCGUGCUGGGGCUGCUCCUCAAGCGCCUCAAAGAUGAAGGUUGCAAAGCAUUUUAUCUGGAAGGUGGUUUUAGCAAGUUUCAGGCCGAGUUCGCCUUGCACUGUGAAACUAACCUAGACAGUUCGUGUAGCAGCAGCUCUCCUCCUUUGCCAGUCCUGGGUUUGGGAGGCCUUCGAAUCAGUUCCGAUUCAUCAUCCGACAUUGAAUCUGACAUUGACAGAGACCCCAAUAGUGCCACCGACUCCGAUGGCAGCCCUCUCUCCAACAACCAGCCUUCCUUUCCGGUGGAGAUUUUACCCUACCUCUACUUAGGCUGUGCCAAGGACUCCACUAAUUUGGACGUUUUAGAGGAGUUCGGCAUUAAAUACAUCUUGAAUGUUACUCCUAACCUGCCUAAUCUCUUUGAAAACGCCGGUGAAUUCAAGUACAAACAAAUCCCUAUCUCUGACCACUGGAGCCAAAAUCUGUCUCAGUUCUUUCCUGAGGCCAUCUCCUUUAUAGAUGAAGCCCGGGGGAAGAACUGCGGCGUCCUGGUGCAUUGCUUAGCAGGGAUUAGCCGCUCGGUCACCGUGACAGUGGCCUACCUCAUGCAGAAGCUGAACUUGUCCAUGAAUGAUGCCUAUGAUAUUGUCAAGAUGAAGAAGUCCAACAUUUCACCCAACUUCAACUUCAUGGGUCAGCUGCUGGACUUUGAGCGGACUCUGGGACUGAGCAGCCCCUGUGACAAUCGAGUGCCGAACCAGCAGCUGUACUUCACCACCCCUUCCAACCAGAACGUCUUCCAGGUGGAUUCCUUGCAGUCCACGUGA